ACCGUUUUCCGUUUGUUUUGCUGUUGGUCCGUGCAGCCGUUUGUUUUGCGUGCUGCAACAGCUUCAAAUUGUCUCCGUUUAGGCGCUCGCCUUGUUGGAGGGACAAAAUGUUUUGUAUCUUACACAAGUGAAAAUUUUCGCGGCUCGUGCCGUUCUGUGAAGCGCGGAAGAACAUGGGUGAACGCCGAGAGCCAACUGAAACUUCUCCGGCCUCAGAAGACGCUGACGCGGAAGAAGAACUGACCGCUCCGAGGCUCGAGUGUGCCAUCUGCCUUCAGAAGUGCAUUCACCCUGCCCGGCUACCUUGUGGCCACAUCUUCUGUUUCCUAUGUGUGAAGGGCAUAGCAAACCAGAGCAAGAGGUGUGCCAUGUGCCGACAGGAAAUUCCCGCUGACUUCACGGAGAAGCCAGAGUUGAUUCCAGAUCCAGAGGCCGAGCAGGACUCGCCUACCGAGGAAAGCUACAGGUGGUUUUACGAGGGCCGCAAUGGCUGGUGGCAGUACGAUGAAAGGACCAGCGCAGAGCUGGAGGCAGCGGCUGCGAAGCAACUUCCCAGGUGCGAAGUACUGAUCGCAGGCUUCCUCUACAUCGUUGACUUUGAGCACAUGGUGCAAGUGCGCCGGAACGAUUUUUCUCGGCGACGACGAGUGAAACGCGAUCUAGCUGGUGUCCCCAAGAAAGGAAUAGCGGGGAUCAGACUCGAGGAACCGGCGCACGACACGACCGGUGAUGUACCACCACACACGAGGGAGUGCAGUGCUACGGAGCAUUCAUCGCAUGGUGAUUCGGGCACUGCUGCUGAAGGUGCCAGCAGUGCCGAGACUACAGACCUACAGGCCUCAGACUCCACGGUCGAGCAGGAUGCCACGCUUCUCAACUCUUCCAACGGAGGAGGUGAUAGCAUUGUGUCACUCUCCGAAGAGGACACGUCUACAGAUUCCUUUCUCGAAGGGACCUCCAUUGGCUCAUUACGGCUGGACGACGAUGAUGACGGCGAUGGGAGGGGAAGCGGUGAUGCGUCAUCACCGUCGCUGUACCGCAUCAGCCGGUUUGGUCGCAGAAGAUACUAUGAGGACAACUUGUGAUUUGUGUGUGCAGUGUGAAACCAAAAAAAAAAAAAAAACUAAACUCUGGUUCUCUAUGCAUGACAUACAUCUUGCAUUUAAGUGAUGCGUUGAGCAGGUGUAAUAAGUGGCUUGCAGUGAAAUUUGGCAACUUCUGUUGUUGAUCGCAGGGCUGAAAAUGUGCAAUCACAGAAAAUUAUGAGUUUUUUUUUUAAUGCGAGUGACGACAAGUGAUGAAAUGUUCCGUAGGCCACAAGCCCUUAGUGUUUAGGUACCAAAGUGGGAAGCAUUCGUGUGACUUUUUGCUGGAUUUCUUGGUGUUGGUGCUUCCAUGGCUGUGAAGGCCGUAUGUGUCAUGUUUGUUUGUACAUACAGCUAGGCAGUUUAUUGCCUUUGUGCCUAGUAGGUCCGACUUACCACAAGUGUUCUUGUUUGUCUUUGCACAAAUGUUGCUGGUCACACAUUUCGUGCUUUGUUUGCCUUGAAUAAAUGGAAGCAUUCUGAAAACCUAA